AAAGCCAAGUCUAAAUGCAGUUGUUCUCAGACGAUACACCAGAAAUCAUACGGGGAGAUAGAGUUAACAGGGGACGCCAGGCGUGUCAGAGGGGUCACAAAAGAUAACGACGCAGCCAUAUAGCCGAGGCGGCGGUCCAAGCGGCCAGGCAGCUGUGCGUGAUAAGCAAGGAAGCAGACUCAGCUAUUAAGAUAAACAGGGCGCUCUGGGCAGGUCCCUUAAUAAACAAUAACUUGCAGUAUCAACACUCUUGGCUAGAGGGAGAAGUCUGGGAGCGGAGAGAGAAAGAAAGAGGGCCCUAGGUGGGGACCGCACUACGUCAUGAGGAGCCAAUGAAGGGCUCAGGACGCAGUGCGUGACCAUAUAGGGAGAGGCCCCUCUACCCCUCCACCCAGCUUCUGAAGAAAAGUACUGAAGUUAAUACUAAAACAAUCCCUAAUAAGGAAAAGUUGCACUCGACGCUACGUCAUGCCAAGCGCUGGCGGGGUCGAAGGGGAAGAGCUAACAAAACUCGGAGGCACCCCGCUCCGGGGAGCUCUCUCUCUCUCGGGUUUAGGCAGCGACGGUAGUCAGCGUGAGUAGCAGCCGACUUGGGCUGAGGGCGGGCUGCAGGCAGACAGUUGGAGAUAGUCGCCGAUGAGCGUUUAGGCAGCGACCGCGGGACUCUGACGUAGGGUGCUAGUGUGGGCAGCAAAGUGCUGGAAAGUUCUAUCAGGCAGCCAGAACGGUGGAAGUCAGUCACCGUCUCUGUAAUGGGCUUGGCUAUUCUGUAGGUACAAUCACUACGCAGUUAGGGUGAUCUGUAUUCUUUAUGAAUAAAUUAGAACUUUUAUAACGUCCAUACGAGUUUACUUCUACCAACAUCCUAGCCUUGUACCUUCACACCAGGGAAUUUAACAUCUUAGCCAGAUCAAAAGUCUCCCUCUCAAUUAGGUCAACCGGCUAAUUCCCGUUUACGAACCGUGUCGCUCAAUCCCUCGCAAAACCCACGCUUGGGACGCGACAUAAAUAAAAGUUUUGGUGUCAGGUGUGGGGUACCACAAAGGCAUAUAGGCAAAAAGGAGAUAGGAGCCAGCAGAUUUUGCUACAGCGACUGUGGCAAUUAGCAGGAAGUUGUGGCGACUCGCAACUUUCAGCAUUAGUAGCCCCACUACGACAGAGUCCAGAGAAGUAGUCCUCGCGGGUGCAGGGCAACGCAGGAUAGCGGCAGCACGACGCGGAGCGACGAGGCACAGAGGUGCCUAAGCAGCCAGCGUUCGAGACCGGGGGUCCGGGCCGAGCAGCGGCAGCCGAGGCGAGCGACGGGGUCGGCACAGCCCAGCAGAGCGGCGGCCGACGCAUCGCGGCAGCGCGGAACAGCGCGGGCAUAGAGAGCACAGAGACAGCGCGGAGCUGCGCGGCACAACGCGGGACAACGCGGAUCAGCGGAACAGACGGCGCACCACAAGAGAAGCGGUAUGGCACUCAAGUGGCAGGUCGUGAAAUUCGUCAUAGUGAUAACAGCAUACUACAUCACUGCAUCAGAGCAUGCAACAAAUGAGUACCAAGUGACGCCAUUUCCGAGUUCAUCAGGACUAUAUUACGAUAAUAGAGGACAGGUAGAAAUAUACAGUACCACAUGGAGAAUAGUCACAUACGUAAAUCUAGAUAUAAUAACAGAAAGGUUUCAGGAUGCAGAGAGGUAUGGUAGGGCAGCGGUACAAAGGUGCCGAGAAACACUAACACAAUUAAAUGUAGGAUUAAUAGAAUGCAGGGUCCUAGACCAACAAGUAACCCAUCAUGUGGAAAAAAUCACAGGAUUGCAACUUUUAGUACAGCAGCUAACGAAACACGAGACCAGAAGGAAGAGAGGAGUAUUCAACUUCGUCGGGCAGGUAAGUAAAAUACUGUUCGGGACGUUGGACGAAGCAGAUGCAGCAUACUAUAAGGAAAGAAUAGACGCUAUGGAGAAAAACUCAGAAGGGUUGUUGAGGCUAACAAAGGAACAGGUGGCAGUGGUAAGAGCCACAUUGGCGGGAGUAAACAGGACGGUAUAUACACUAGAGUCAAAUGAGCACGUUCUGAAGACAGGUAUGCAAAGACUAGAACGAUUCAUGACGGAAUACGUGAAGGAAACCGAUAUAGGGUUUAAACGUGUAGCGUCCUUCGCCACAGUAACAGAGCAAGUAUUACAACUAUCGGCAGUGUUUGGUCAGAUCGAAGAGGAAUACGAACAAAUGAUAAAUGCCAUUGUAAAUGCUCAGAAGGGAAUACUACAGCCUCAUAUAAUUAAUCCAGUCCAAAUUGUAAAAUACCUAAGUUUAAUACGGGAAGAACUAAAAGAUGUAAAGUUUCCUGUUCCUCUUACGGAGUCCUCAGGUUAUCUAUUGUUAAGAAUAAUUGAUUUAGAUGUUUUCAUCUCGGGUAGCAUACUAGGAUAUGUAAUUAAUAUUCCAUUAAUAAAUAAUAACAAUUUCAAUUUGUAUAGAGUACUCCCACUACCAAAAGAAAUUCCAAACAUGAAAGGUAAAUAUGUGUACAUACAGCCAGAGAAAGAAUUCUUACUAAUAGAUGAAUCCAAAAGGCAGUUCGCGAAACUUUCUGCGGAGGAACUAAAAUGCAAGGAGCUAAGUAAAAAUAGGAGACUGUGCAAACAAGCAUUCGCCUUGCUGUCAACAUUCGACCACGAAGAGUGCGAAGCCAAAUUGUUGCAACCGGUAAGAGAAAUUCCGGAAGAUUGUGUGCGAAAAAUAGUCGCACUGAAUCAGAGUUUUUGGACUCAUCUAAACAGUAACGAAUGGCUAUAUGUAGCACCGAAGGAAGAAGGCUUAACAGUAUUGUGUGGAAGGGAACCACCAAAGGACCUAGUAAUAAAAGGGGUAGGAAAAAUUAGUUUUUACAGUAAAUGUAAGGGGUAUGGCACUAGAGUGUUCAUACAAACAGAUAGAGUGAUUCAGAGUAAUGUGACGAAGAAAGACAUAGUUCCGCAGAUCAAUCUAGAAUUCGAUUGUUGCGUGGUAAACAAGGAAAAAAGGAAUGUCUCAACGUUAGCAUUAGAUUUGCCAUUGGACCAGGUAAUAACACAGUUAGACGACUUGAAAGUCGCAGGAAAAAGACUGGAUGAUGUCCAGAAGAUGGUAGAGAGACAAGAGGAGGAAAUGCAGUACUCCAGGUACUUCACACAUUACUCCAUAACUACGUAUGUAGCCAUAUCAAUAGUUAUUCUAAUCAUAAUAACAUGCUGUUGUAAAAACUGUAAAUGUUGUAAAGACUGUUUUAAAAGUAUAUGGAAAUAUUUUGAAGACAGUGAUUGUUGUGGAAAAGUAUGUAUAAGAAAUACCAUAGUGAACCAAUACCCAGAGACUAGUUGAGCUAGAAGACACAGUAAUAAAGAAACUGAAGAGACAGUAAUUUAUGAAAGAUGUGGAAAAGACCAAGGUGAUACGGUCGCUUUCAGAAACAGACGUUAAAUAACUGUAUUUGAAAUGUGUAAUUGAAAUGUAACUGUAUUUGAAAUAUGUAAUAGAAAUGUAACUGUAUUUGAAAUGUAAUUCUAAUUGAAAUGUGAAUGUAUGUAUCAAUGAAAGUGUCUUUUGAUUUUAAUGCAAAUGCUUUUGACAUAACUGAAUGUUAGGCAUGUAUAAUGUAAUUGUAUUAUUGUGUGUUUAAUGAAUUUGACUUUACUAAAUGAAAAUGAAAAAUAUAACAUAUCAGAUGCUAAUGUAAUAAACAAAUCUGUAAAGCAUGUAAUGGAAAAAAAAUAAUAAAAGAGUCACAAUUGACGCUACUCUGAGGAGUAACGCCAAUUUCCCUGGCGGGGGAGGUGUUGUAACCGCAGAAAAGCCAAGUCUAAAUGCAGUUGUUCUCAGACGAUACACCAGAAAUCAUACGGGGAGAUAGAGUUAACAGGGGACGCCAGGCGUGUCAGAGGGGUCACAAAAGAUAACGACGCAGCCAUAUAGCCGAGGCGGCGG